CAGCAGCACACACACUCGGGUCUCGAGCUCCCUCCCCCCGCGUGUCGCCCUCGACGGCGUCGCCGCGCCGUGCCCAGCCCCAUGGAUCCCGCCGCUGCGGACCGGCCGUGUGUCAUCCAGUCGCUCCCGGCGAACUGCAACACCCUACCGCCGCCCCUGGUCCAGGCACUCCCGGCGAACUGCAACACCCUACCGCCGCCCCUGGUCCAGGCGCUCCCGGCCAAGACCAACCCCAGCCAGCCUUCCUCCCCCACCGCCAAACGCCGCCACGCGCCUCCUGCGCCGGGCUCGGGCCCGGCGCCCCCGAGCCCGCGCCGCACCCGCUCGGGUGGCGCGCCGGAGUGGACGCCCGCCGAGACGCUUGCGCUCGUCGCCGAGGUGGCGGCCGUGGACGACGGCUGGUCCCGCUCCGUAUCCGCGUUCCAGAAGUGGGCCAUGGUCGCCGAAAACCUCGCCGCCUCCGAGGCCCUCUUGUCGGGGCCCGGGAGCCGCCGGAGAGGGCGCGGGAGCAAGAGGACUGCCGGGGAGUGCCGGCGCCGCUGGGAGGCGCUGGCGGCCGAGUACGGGGCCGUGCGCCGCUGGGAGGUGCGCACCGGGGCGACGUACUGGGAGAUGGGCGCGGCGGCGCGGAGGAAGGCUGGCCUUCCUGCCGAGUUCGACGACGAGGUGUAUGGGGCUAUGGACGCGCUCAUACGGGUCGAGGAGGCGCUGCUUGCGGAUGCUGCUGGCGGUGGUGCGGGUGGGGAGGAUGUAGAGGGCUUGGUUGGCGGCGGCGCCGGCUGCGUUGGCGUCGAGGUGGGUAAGCAGGAUGGCGGCGACUCCGUUGAGGCUGAGGUUGGCGAAGAGCAGGUGCAGCAGGAUGCAUCUGCUGGAGAGGAGGAGGAACAAGACGUCGAUGAGGAUGUGGAAGAAAUGCAGGAGGAUGGGGGCAAUGCUGGUGCUUCAAAUGACCUUGGGCAUGAGACGGGGACGAGUGUGGAACCCGAGAGAAGCCAAGACAUCGCAUCGGAGCUGGCGAACAAGUUACACGAUAACGCGCAGCACAUACAUGCCAUACUGAAGGAAGAGGCUGCCCAGGAUGGUGGCCAGAACCAUGAUCUCGGUAGUUCGAUGCUGCCUGACGCAAUGGAGGCCGCCCGCCGAAAAGCAGAUGAGCUGAUCCAAUCGCUCGGUGGGCUCGUCAGCUACCUGAACCAAUUCACCGAGCUGGUCAAGGAAACUGGGUUUGAGAACAUCGCGACCUGAUUGAUGCGUGAGACGCAGGGCUUCCUUUGGAGGGUUAGAUCUUAGCGCUGUAGUUUCGUUUCUGUGUGUCCGUCAUCUUUGUAAAUAUGACGGCGCUGUAUGACGACCACCACCCAACCCGACUGGUGUAGGGUUUGUAGCAGACACUGUCUAGGUGUCUCGACACCGCUGCUGUUCUGAGGGCUUCUGGCCCCCUGAUUAGUGAGAUGAGAUGCUCACUUCUGUUCGUUUCAGUUCUGUCCCUGAAAGAAAAUUCCCUGAUGCUGAGAGAUUAGUUAAUUUGGUAGCAGUAGCAGUUGUUCUCAGAUGCAUCACAUAUUCACAUGUGAGACAUAAUAUGGGAGGGUGACGCAGGUGUAGCAUCGUCCACAGUGAGGAUUUGUGAAGGAGGUAGGUGUCCUGGGAUAUGGCAUUUGUUUUUGUUGGGACCUGCUCUAUUUCAGAUGUCUGAAAUAUAGUAUGUUUAUAGAUACCGAUCUUUAUCGUU